AUUUUUUUCGAAUUUAUUACGAUAGUAUUAAUUAAACAUUUAAUUAAAAGUUGUUGGGGCUUGAAUAGGGGUAUACUUGUCCAAACAAUAAAGUUAUUCUUAUUCAAAACACAUGGUACUCCUAUUUUUUAAUGUCGUAAAAAAAUGAAAUGGUUCUUGAAUAAAUUGGUUCUCUUCCGUCAUUCUAUCGAGGAUCUGAGCUCAAGAUAUGAUUUCUGGGUACAUGAAUGAAAUCUGAUCUCAACCUUAAAUCCAGAGUUCGAAUUUAUUACAAGCAAUAUUCAUGUACCCAGAACCCGUAUGUCCGCCUCAAACCCGCAUAGGAUGGAUAGGCAUAGGCGUGAUGGGCGGAGCAAUGGCGUCCCGCCUUUUAUCCGCCGGCUACACCGUCACUCUCUACGCACGGACGUCCUCAAAGGCGGCCACUCUUCAAUCCCAAGGUGCAUUUUUAGUAGAAUCACCCGCAGACGUCGCUCGACACAGUGAUGUCGUAUUCACCGUCCUGGGACACCCACCAGAUGUUCGACAAAUUGUCUUAGAGGGACCGGACUGCGUUCUCUCCUCCCUCAAUCCCAACGCCGUCAUAGUGGACCACACCAGCAGUCACCCAGAGCUAGCCAGGCGAAUCUCCGACUGCGCAGCUGAGAAGGAAUGCUGGGCAGUUGAUGCUCCGGUUUCGGGAGGAGAUAUAGGAGCAAAAGAAGGGAAACUGUCCAUUUUUGCCGCUGGAAAUAAAGAUGUGGUGAAAUGGCUGAAGCCAUUGUUUGAUAUCAUGGGGACGGUGACUUACAUGGGUGGUCCAGGAAAGGGACAGAGUUGUAAAAUUGCGAAUCAGAUAAGCGUGGGAGCAAACUUGUUAGGGUUGAGUGAAGGUUUGGUUUUUGCAGAGAAGGCAGGGCUGGAUAAAGGCGAGUUCUUGGAGGCGAUCAGGGGUGGAGCGGCCGGGUCGAUGGUCAUGGAGUUAUUUGGGAAGAGGAUGAUUGAGAAGGACUAUGGGGCUGGUGGUUUUGCAGAGUACAUGGUGAAGGACAUGGGAAUGGGUGUGGAUGUUGGGGAGGAGGAAAUUGUGGUGGUCUUGCCUGGUGCUGCAUUAGGAAAACAACUUUUUUCAGGAAUGGUGGCUAAUGGGGAUGGAAAGCUUGGAACUCAAGGACUAAUCACUGUCAUAGAAAGGCUCAAUGGGAAGUGAGAAUAGUUGUCAUGCUUGCAACAAAUUGAUUUGUGUUUGUUUUCUUUCCAGUGCACAUGACCUUUAAUUUGGAUGGUGUACGAGCAAGUGAUUCUGAACUUCACAAGCAUCGUUUCUAUUUAUGUCAAUUUGCACUGCAUAUUUUGGAUAGGGUUUUUUGUCAUUUUGUAUUUAGUAAUUAUUAUAUUUAAUUAGCAUUUAAUAAAUGAUUAGUUCGUCUUGGAGUUUUUGGUUUAUAUAACUUGAAAUAUUAAUUUCAAGGAUGAAACACAUGGACAAGAGUUUUGC